AUGAGUUUUUGGCGUAAUUUUGGAUUUCAACCAAUAUCACAUAUUGAAAGUAUUUUGGAUAGAGAUUUCUUCACAUUAGAAGACUUAUUCGAUGAAGAUGAACUCUUGCAAGAAUGUAAAACACAAAACAAAAGAUUAAUCGAAUUUUUAAUUAAGCCAGAAUCAUUAAAUGGAAUGUUUGAAUUUAUCACAAAAGAAGCCCCAGAAGAGGCUGAAAGAAAGAGAAAAGAAAACUACCCAUUUUUAGCAUCAGAAAUCUUAUGUAUGGAUAUUCAACCUCUCAUUGAGGCAGUGUACAGAGAUGAUUUAUAUUUACAACAAUUAUAUGAAUUUUUAAAUAAACCAAAUUUCAACUUGGGUUUAGCAGCUUACACAAGUAAAGUUGCCAUUAACUUUUUAGGUAGAAAAACCAUUGAUACAAUGGCCUACAUUAAAAAACAAGAUAAUAUUGUUGAAAAGUUCAUCAAACAUCUUGAUAAAUCACCAGUUGUUGAUAUCUUAUUAAAGAUUAUCUCAAUUGAAGAAUAUCAAGGUGGUGCUGGUACUUUAGAUUGGUUAGAUAGAUGUAAUUUAAUUGGUGGUAUUAUUGAUGAAUUUGACCCAUCUUUAGAUAGUGAAUAUCACGAAAAUGCUUCAUUCAUUUUAUCAGAAAUUGUUGAAAUGACAAGAAAUGUAUCAGAUUCACCAUUGUUAGAGAGAUUAGAAAGUGAAGAAAUGAUCAAAAAACUUUAUAGUUAUAUUUUAAAGGAUGUACCACUAGGAACCACAUUCCUCUAUGGAUUAACUGUAAUCAUUAGAUUAUUAAGAAGAGAUAAAGAUAACAGUAAAAAUGAGCCAGUUGUCACUCCUCUCGAAGAAUUAACACCAUUAUUCAAAGAGUCAAUUGUACACAUUGAAGAGUUUAAUAAACUUUUAAAACAAACUUCAGAGGCCUCUUUUACAACUACAACUGGUCCAUUAUCACCACCAUUGGGUUUCCAUAGAUUAAAGGUUAUCGAAUUCUUUGCCGAUUUAAUUAAUUCACGUUAUUUAUGUAUUGAUAAAAAAAUUAUGGAACUCGAUAUCUUAUCAACUUGUUUAGAAUUAUUCUUUAAAUACCCUUGGAACAAUCUCCUCCAUAGUCAAAUCCAUCAAAUUUGUCAAAUUAUUUUAUAUAGUGAAAAUGAUGAACUUAAAAUGUCACUUUUAAAGGAUGCCAAACUCCUUGAUAGAAUCAUUGAAGCCGAUCAAGCCAACACCAACGAAUUAAAACAAGUUAAAGGUAUUAGAUAUGGUUUUAUGGGUUUCUUAAAUAGUAUUGCCCAAUCUAUUUGUGAUGUUUCAAAGAAUUCACCAGAAAUCAAACAAAUUGUUGAUGAAAAUCCAAAAUGGGGAGUAUUUGUUACUGAAUCGUUAGAACCUGUUUUAAAUAUUGAAAAUGAACCAUUAGGUGAAUUUAAACCAAGUUUAAUGACUGCACCAGAAAGUGCUGAAGAAGAUGACGAUCAAUAUGAUAAUGAUGAUAAUGGUUAUGAUAACUACGAUAGUGUUGGCGAUUAUGUUAGUGCCGACCAAUAUCAAGAUCAAAUGGAUUAUAGCGAUGAAGAUGAUUAUGAAGGUGGUCAAAAACCUAUCAAUUAUAUUGAAGAGGAAGAUGAUGAAGAGGAAGAUGAUGACAUACGAUUUCAACAACAACAACAACAACAACAACAAUUAAAUCACCACGACAAUCAAGAUGAAUUAAAUGAACAACCACAACAACCACAACCACAACAAGACGACAAAACUACUCAAGACACUGAAGCAGUUGUAGAAACUCCAAAAGAAUCAUCUGUUGACCAAGAAUCAACAGAAGCAAAAACUGAAUCUUCAUAA